GCUUUUGAUACUGCGUUGUUUUCGGCUUUCUGGAAAAGUUUCACUUCGGCGUGCAUGUUUUAUACACCGUAACGUUUUACUGUUUUUCAAGUGAAUUUAGAUGCAUUAGUUGGUGUUUCUCGGUGAAAAGUAAACGACCAAUUCGGGUACAAGAUUGCAACCAUGAUGAUGGAAAAUCUGGAUCAUGUUUAUUGCAAUACGGCGUCUACCGAUGUCGGCAGCAAAGAUUCCACGGAACAAAUGAGCCUCUUCAAAGAGGUUAAACAGUUACAGUCAAUUCUUUUGCUGCAUCUCGAUCUAAUCCAGGAGCAAAGUGAUCAAAUCUUAGCCAAAGAUAAGCUGAUAAUUAAGCUGAAAGAUGAGAAUGAGAUUCUCAAGCAUCAGCUGGAGUUAGUCAACAAGCGAAUGCAGCAUAUGAAGCAACAGAAGGAACAGCGAGAAGUGAGCAUUCCAGUAAGAAACGUCACUGCUGAUAAAGUGUUUGAUUACAAUAGCCGAAUCAUUCCAAGUGCAGUAGAACAACCAGCCUCCGGUGAACAUAUUCCCGAACUGACUAGUACAGUGAGAAACAUAAAGAAAGAGGUGGUUUCCAGUGACUAUGAUGGUUUUGAUUCAAUUUGUCAGGACUUUACCGGUGAGCUAGAGUCUGAUAUCAAAAUCGAAAAUAAUGAGAUCGAAGAGGAAAUAUUUCUCAACUAUUCUAAAUCGGACGACGAGUCUGGCCCAUCGAGUGAUCUUCCGCCGGUUGUGUCUCAACCGGUGAAAGAUGUGCGACCGCCGAGUAGCAGCACGCCGAUCAGUUAUGACGUCAGCAUUUCGCAAUCUUUUGAAAACAUUGCCGACGGCGCGGAAUCAAACAGCAGCAACCACAACAACAACAACAAAAACGUAAACAACCAACUUCAAACUGCGGGACAGCACUCGGCAAAGGACGCCGCAGCUUGUGGAGAUGAGAAAGUUAGCAACUAUAACCCGUUGUGCUCUUCGGGAAACUCUUCCGACGGAAGUUUGACCAAGAAAUCCUACAGCACAUCGUUUAUGAUAACAGAGAAACCGUACAUUUCUUGCAAUUGGAAAGAUGAGGCAAUCACAAACGAAUUGGAACGGUUGUUAGAAAAUGAAGCUGCCGAACUUGAAAUUCCCUGUUGGACCAUUAUUAAUGACAGUUAUGAUAAUCCAUCGGGCUCUAGUGAAGUGACGUCCGAAAAUAUUAGUGACGAAGCAUAUAUGAAACGACACGCCAAAUUUGAAUUGGAUGAGCGACGUCGUAAAAAAUGGGACGUACAGCGGAUCCGAGAGCAGAAAAACAUCGAACGGUUGAAAAAGCGACAUUUGAAAACCGAUUCAGAUAACGAACAGAAAAAUAUCGGUUCGUUCUACCCGUCGAUCGAGUCAAUCAAGUAUAUUCACAUCAUCGACGAGAUUCCGGUGCAAGCGUUUGGAGAAUUGAUUCCGGUCUUGCCGGCAACGAGUUUUAGUCUACCCUGGAUGAUGGGUGGCAUUGAUACAACGGAAAACGUAACGCCAUCGGAGUUCGGUCCUGGGCCGUUAUUCAGUGCGGCAACCGGCGUUCCUACUCCCGCUACGGCAACCUCAGCUGCAUCAACAAUAACGAGUAGCAGCACUGAAGGAUCCCAGGAAAUUAAAACCAAAUUCCUGCAUCGUCUGGCACCGAAUCUGGCAGCACAAAGGCAACGGUUUACUAAACGUGUUAAGAAGGAAACAUAGAGUGAAAGUGGUUUAUUGGAGGAACUUUGUUGCAAAUAACUAAUUUAUGCUCAGUGCGCAUAACUAAUGUUAUCCUGUUUUUUUUAAGUUUCGUCUUCGAAUCAUCAGUGCUCGGUAGUUCGACUUUAAAUUAAGUCAAAUUCUGUUACUCAAAUAUACUUGCAUGCAAUUUGAACAGAUACGCGUUGGUGAAUCGAAGACGAUACUAGAAAUAAGGAUGAAGGUAGAGAUUUUAAAGAGGUCAAGUGCUUUAACAAGAAUCUACUUGAAGUGAUUGAAGUUUUGUAUGACAAAGAUGUAUCUAAUAGGAAUGAAUGUUUUCUGAUAGGAUUAGGAGUCGUUGUAUAGAGUGUAAAAAGAUGCAAUAAAAUGUU